AUGCAUAAAUAUCACAUCUGGACGGCCCUGGUGGCCGUGUGGAUUAUUUCAAUCGCCAGCCACGCGAAAGAACAAUUUAAUUACGACAAUGCAACGAUCGAAAGUACGAUAAAUUAUCCAAUAACUUACGUGAAAUCAGUACCGCCACAUGAUUUGUCAUCCAGUUCGCUGAUUCCGUUACCCAGUUCACCGACUUGGAAUUCCAUUAUUGCAAAUAGUUACCGUGUAAAAAAUUUCAAAAAUAACAACAACAACAACAAACUUCACAGUUCAUCAAUUAAAAUUAUAAAUAAAAAUUCUUCAGUCGGUCUACCGGAGCCAGAUGUAAGAAAAUUCGUAUCGAAAAGUUCAACGGUCAGUAAAUUUAUUGAUGGAAUAGAUUAUCAGUUAUAUAGAACUAGAGCAAACAAAGCGAAUGAAGGUGAGGACGGAUUAACAUUAUUGUCAAAUCCAUCGGGCAAUAAAUUUAAAACUGUUGACAUUAUAAACCCGAAAACGACAUACGGUAAUCCAUUACUGAAACCAAUUGAUGGAGUGAGUAAAAUAAAAAGUUAUUUAAUCGCAUCCCCAUCACACGUUUCUUCAGUAGAGCCCAAUAAUAACAAUAGCAAUAUAAUAAAAUGUUGUGCUCAAACGCCUGAGGAAAAUUCAACUGAUGUGAAUAUGCUAAAAGUUUCAUCCUACAAAGUCACGUAUUCAGAAACUAAAGUGAAAAGUUAUAAUAAUAAAUAUAACCAUAAAAAUAACAAUGGGUACGAAUUUGAGAAUGUGAAAAAUAAAGAAGAAACUAAAAGUAAAAUUGAGAUACAACCAGACAGACAUUUUAAUGCCCCAAGUGUUGAAGUCAGAAACAUAUCUGUUGAUAGCACGUCAGAUAAAUCUAACAGCGUUCUGCUAUCGUUGCUGAGAAAGGGAAAAAAUGAAGUUACAAGUCAGCUCAAUUCAUCAGAUUUCACGAAUAAUAAAGUUGUGAGAACCGGAAAUGAUGUAAAAUUGUUAAAUAUGAACACAAGUUUAAAGGGUAUUAACCGUAGGACAGGCAUCAACUUCCAAGAGCGAGUUAGCGUUAAAGUAACGGCAAAUUUGUUGGAAAAGUUAGUACGUGAUAAACCACAAACAAGAUUGGCUAAUGAAAAGUCUCGAGGUAACAAUCAAGAGUCUAGAGUGAAACUAUUUGUUACCGACAAACCAUUUCGUCUAAUGCCUCUUGAUACUCGCCAACUUACUUCUUACUCAGAUAAAAACAUAGCAUCGAUUUCGGCUUUAUCGAAAAUAUACAGCAGUGACUUGAAUGUUACUCUUGAAUCACCAAUUAAUAGUUAUUUUUCAAAUAAUAACAAUAAUGAAGACUAUGAUAUUGGAUCCGUUAAUAAAAAUGAUGAACGACAAUUUUCUACGCCAUUCGCUGGCGAGUCUGAUAAAAUUAAUGAGACAAAUGUUACUGCCGGUACUGCAACAACUUAUAGCAGCCUUGCUAUCAGUGCAUUGGAAAUCAAUGAAGAGACAAUGGAAAAUUCCGUCACGGCAAUUACAAUCAAGGAUAAUAAAAAUAUUGGACGUAUAAUUAAGAAACAAGAAUUUGAAAUCAAUACUCGCCUCUCGACGAACAGUACUAAAGCUAAUGGGAAAAUUAAAAGUAUGUUUUCACCAAAAAGUAUUAAUAGAACGGCAUUUAUCUCGAUGGAGAUUCUGCGACACAAAAAGUCGAGUAAUUUAAUGAAUGCUUCGGGCAACAAGACAAUGAGGAAUGAAACCAUUGAGGUUUCUGCUGACAAAACAGAGUCCAAUGGAAUAACAGAAAAUAUUCGUGAAACUAUCUUAGGAACUGACGAAAAGCGGCUUCCGAGUCAUCUGUGGAAUUUGGGUAGACCGACAUCAAAACUUUUAAACCCACUUGACUUGUUGAAUUCAACAUCAUUGUCCGUAGAAUCAGGAACUGAAGCACGAAAUUUGUUGCCACAGAAAGAUAUUUCGACAGAAGCUGGCAACCCACAAAGCUCGGAAAUCAAUGGCAGCAUACACGAAAGUACCACUGCUCACCCUCUUCACGCUCGUAAUUCUGGUACUUUCCAUCAAACUGACAGUGAUCCUGGUUAUUAUGGAGAAAAUGUUGCGUUUAACGAUUAUCGAUUACAAGCUAGUAGACCUUUGACGGUAACUGAAUUUACAACGGAAAUAAGUCAAGUUGAACGUGCGAAAAUGGGAAUAGAUUUAUUGAGCAACGAAACUAAAACGACACCUUUGGGAAAUACAAAAGCUAGUGGGGCCAAAGCUAUGGAUAAAUCGGCACUUUCAAGCCCUGCUAGUACCAGCCGCAUAAACGACUCACAAAUUUUAAGUGAAAAAUGGGAACAUGGCUCGCUGUUACCACCCAGUCGGCAACCAAAUCCCAAUCAGACAAUUAAUGACGUGGAUAAAGUUAAUGAUGGUUCUACUGUAAGUUCUAUUAGUGCUAAAGGAUUUGGUGAACAAACAGGUAAAAUUGAAACUAACCACCAGCAAGUUGGAAUGAAUGCAAAUAAUAAUUUAACGUCUGAUCAAAAUGAUACAGGGGUUGCUGGUACUCGAGCUAUGGGGUUUGAUAAAGUUGGUAUGAAUGAAAACUCGAGUUCGGUUGCAGUUAAUCAAUGGCCAGUGAAACACAGCGCUAUCGUUGAGGGUGAUUUGGUGCUCGGUGGUUUAAUGAUGGUACACGAGAGAGAAGACACCAUUACAUGUGGCCCUGUUAUGCCACAGGGAGGCGUGCAAGCACUUGAAGCAAUGCUAUUCACGUUGGAUUGGCUUAGUAAACGACAAUUUAUUCCCGGUGUUAAAAUUGGCGCCCACAUUCUCGACGACUGUGACAAGGACACUUAUGGAUUAGAAAUGGCUGUUGACUUCAUUAAAGGUAAUGGACACCAUAGUAAUAAUAAUGAAACAUUUGUGAACAUGGACAUGGAUGAUACGAUAGAAAAUAUAUAUGAUAACUUUUUUCCGCUGAUGAUGUCAUCGGAUCGGUUUAAUGAAAAAAUAGACUACGAGGAUGAAAAAUCACGAGACUCAAUUCAACGUCACUACUUGGAAAAUCCUCUAACUCAUCAUGUUAUCAGACACAGCGAUCGUCUAUUUCGUUCGAUAGAAUUCAAUCCUCGGGCAUUGUCGGCGCAGAUCAGUUGGCCUGUUAAGAAAGAAGCGGUUGUUGAGGGAGAUCUUGUACUGGGUGGUUUGAUGAUGGUUCACGAAAGAGAAGAUUUUUUUACGUGUGGUCCAGUGAUGCCUCAGGGUGGUGUCCAAGCACUUGAGGCGAUGCUUUACACCCUUGACUGGCUGAAUACAAAUAAAAUUGUACCCGGUGUUAAAAUUGGCGCCCAUAUACUCGAUGACUGUGAUAAGGACACCUAUGGUUUGGAGAUGGCUGUAGAUUUUAUCAAAGGAUCUAUAAGUAAUAUUGAUGGUGCUGAAUACCACUGCAACAAGAGCACUGUUCGAAAAGUUAUCAGUGGAGUUGUUGGAGCAGCUUCUUCUGUAACUUCCAUUCAAGUUGCUAAUCUUUUAAGACUUUUUCGGAUACCACAAGUAUCAUUUUUUUCUACUAGUCCAGAGCUAUCGAACAAACAACGUUUCGAAUAUUUCACCAGGACAAUACCGAGCGAUCACUAUCAAGUCAAGGCUAUGGUUGAUAUUAUCAAAGUUAUGAACUGGAGUUAUGUCUCUAUUAUUUACGAAGAAAGUAAUUACGGGAUCAAAGCUUAUGAAGAGUUGGAAGAACUUCUUGCCAAGUAUCAGAUUUGCAUCGCUAUUAAAGAGAAACUUGUUAAAGAUUCAGGGGUCGCUGAAGAGAUUGCUUACGAUAAUAUAGUACAAAAGCUAUUGACUAAACCACGAGCAAGAGGAUGCAUAAUAUUUGGCUCGGACCAGGAAGUUGCCGAGAUGAUGAGAGCUGUGCGACGUAAUAAUGCAACUGGUGCGUUUUACUGGAUAGGAAGUGAUGGUUGGAGUGCCCGCGGGCUUGUUAGCAAUAAAAAUGAGGCUGAGGUCGAGGGUACUUUGUCGGUACAACCGCAGGCUAAUCCGGUUGUCGGAUUCGAAGAGUAUUUUCUUAAUCUUACUGUUGAAAAUAAUAGACGGAAUCCUUGGUUUGUUGAAUUUUGGGAAGAUCAUUUCCAAUGCCGAUAUCCAAAUUCAUCACUAACGCCAUAUAAUAAAAAAUAUAAGACAGCAUGCACGACUAAAGAGAGACUCACCAAGCAGAACACAGCAUUUGAAGAUCAGCUGCAAUUUGUUUCCGAUGCAGUAAUGGCGUUUGCUUAUGCAUUCAGGGACAUGCACGAUGAUCUUUGUCACGGAGAACCAGGUCUCUGUGACGCCAUGAAACCAACAAAAGGCACCGAGCUUUUAAAAUAUUUACGCAAAGUUGAAUUCAAAGGUCUCAGUGGUGAUAAAUUUCACUUCGACAAAAAUGGCGAUGGACCCGCGAGAUACAAUAUCAUUCAUUUCAAACAAGUAUCUCCGGGUAAAUACAAAUGGGUACGUGUCGGAAAAUAUUUAGAAGGCGAACUGCGACUUAAUAUGUCAGAGAUUCAAUUCCGGAUGGAGAAUUCAGAGACUCCAGAGAGCGUGUGCUCACUUCCUUGUAGAAUUGGUCAAGCAAAAAAAUACGUCGAAGGAGAAAGCUGCUGCUGGCAUUGUUUUGACUGUACUCAGUAUCAAAUACGACAUCCAGAUGAUCAAACUCGUUGUAUCCAGUGUCCCCAGGGUACAGUACCCGAUGAAACUCAUUCUUACUGUCGAGAUAUCCCCGAAGAAUUUUUAAAAUUCGACAGCGCAUGGGCCAUAGGCGCAAUGACAUUUUCAACAAGUGGAAUACUUGUAACCUUAUUUGUUGGCGGGGUUUUUUUAAAACAUAACGACACCCCAAUCGUUCGAGCUUCUGGUCGGGAACUAUCGUACGUUCUUUUGACGGGUAUAUUGUUAUGCUACUUGGUAACAUUCACUUUAAUUCUAAAGCCCACGGAUAUUGUUUGCGGCAUCCAAAGAUUUUCAGCAGGAUUUUGUUUCACCGUAGUCUAUGCAGCGCUUUUGACAAAAACAAAUAGAAUAUCCCGAAUAUUUAAUAAGAGCAAAAAAAGUGCCAAGAGACCAUCGUUUAUAUCUCCACGAUCGCAGCUCAUCAUUUGCUCGCUCCUUGUUGGUGUGCAGAUACUGAUAAAUAUCGUGUGGAUGGCAAUUGAUCCGGCGAAAGCCCGACAUCAUUAUCCUACUCGUGAAGAUAAUCUCCUUGUGUGCAAUAGUUAUAUCGAUGCGAGCUACAUGAUAGCUUUUACUUACCCCAUUAUUUUAAUUAUCGUCUGCACAGUAUACGCGGUCUUGACACGUAAAAUACCUGAAGAUUUUAAUGAAAGCAAACAUAUUGGAUUUACAAUGUAUACAACAUGUGUAAUCUGGCUGGCUUUUGUUCCUCUGUACUUCGGUACCGGGAAUCAUGUCGCACUGAGAAUAACGUCAAUGUCCGUAACCAUAAGUCUCUCGGCAUCAGUAACUAUAGCUUGUCUCUUUAGUCCCAAGUUAUACAUAAUCUUAAUACAUCCGGAGAGAAACAUAAGACGAGGAAGAGGACCUUUUGCUGCUCCGAAGCAUUCAACAGUUGCUAGGACCAAUGCCUCCAGUAUGAUAUCAACAGUAACACUGACGGCUGUCACUUGUGAUCAGAACAAAGCUAUCAGAGGACAUACUAAUGUCACUACUAAUGAUUCUUCAACACAAAGUGAGAUGUAUGAAAUAGAGUUGAAAGAUUGCAAAAAUGGAAAACUAGGGCCUGGAGUGACGAGAUCAACGCAGACGGCGCUAAACAACAAUGAAACAACAAUAACGUCUCCAGAGAAGGAGGAUAAUAAAUUAAAUGAACUAGGAUCUGUUAAAUCGUUGAAUACUAUUAAGAUGAUAAAUGGCCCGAGUGUUAAUAAAAAAGAUGUCGCUUUAUAGCAGAGCACUUCGCUCAUUAUUCGGACUGAACUUCCCGAUGCUCUUCUUCACACUAAUCUCAUACCUAUUUCUAAGGAACCUGUUCAAGUGUAAUA